UUGGCACGCUUUCAGUCUGGAAGCAUAUUGGAGCAGCGCAUUAUGACAGUGCGUCCGCGUCCUCGACACGCUUGGGGAGCCACGGGACGCGAGCCGCGCUCAAUCCCCGACAGUAGAUGGCAGCAGCCCAAGAAAGCUGAUCCUGUCGGGUUCACCACUACUCUGCCUCUCAGUUGUGCAGCAGCACUCGGAGUGGAGGCAGCGGUGGUUUGAGGGACGUCCAAUGAAACAGAAGAGCCGCCAGCUGCUCCUUUCGACUUUUACGCGUAGCCUGUCCUCCGCACCCGGAGACAGCACGUUCUGAAACCGCCAUGGAAGACAAAUCCAAUUCGUUCUCGAGCAACAAAGAGGAGAAAGCGGAUGGGAAUAAUGUGUUCCAGAGGCAAGACUCGAUCUUGAAGAACAGCAUGGGGAGCCAGAACAUGAAAGACCACGGCAAUUCAGUGGGUGCAAAGGGGGACCGGGAAGAAGCCAUGGUCGGGUUUGACGAUAUAGACGCCGCGUCCAGGCAACACGGGUUCAUGCAGCGGCAAUUUGGAGCCAUGAUGCAGCCCGGGGUGAAUAAGUUCUCCUUGCGGAUGUUCGGGAGUCAGAAAGCCGUGGAGAAAGAGCAGGAGAGAGUGCAGACGGCUGGAUAUUGGAUCAUUCACCCCUAUAGUGAUUUUAGGUUCUACUGGGACUUGAUAAUGCUCAUCAUGAUGAUGGGGAAUCUAAUCAUCAUUCCUGUGGGAAUUACCUUCUUUUCCGAGCAAACUACCACCAGCUGGCUCAUCUUCAACGUGGCCUCGGACACCAUCUUCCUGGUGGACCUGGUCAUGAACUUCAGAACUGGAAUUGUGAAUGAGGAGAGCUCGGAGAUCAUCCUGGACCCAAAGGUCAUUAAGAUGAACUACCUGAAGAGUUGGUUCGUGGUAGACUUCCUGUCCUCCAUCCCGGUGGAUUAUAUCUUUCUAAUAGUAGAGAAAGGCUUUGAUUCGGAGGUCUACAAGACGGCCCGAGCACUGCGUAUUGUACGCUUCACCAAAAUCCUCAGCUUGCUCCGUCUUCUCAGGCUUUCACGCCUCAUCAGAUACAUCCACCAGUGGGAGGAGAUUUUUCAUAUGACAUAUGACCUGGCGAGUGCAGUGGUAAGAAUCUUUAACCUGAUUGGCAUGAUGUUGUUGCUGUGUCACUGGGAUGGAUGCCUGCAGUUUCUGGUGCCUCUCCUGCAAGACUUCCCUCCUGAUUGCUGGGUGUCGUUAAAUGGUAUGGUUAACGACUCCUGGGGAAAGCAGUACUCUUACGCCCUAUUCAAGGCCAUGAGUCACAUGUUGUGUAUCGGGUAUGGAGCCAGAGCGCCCGUCAGCAUGUCAGACCUUUGGAUCACCAUGCUAAGUAUGAUUGUGGGCGCCACCUGUUACGCAAUGUUCGUGGGUCACGCCACAGCCCUCAUCCAGUCUCUGGACUCGUCUCGACGACAGUACCAAGAGAAGUACAAGCAAGUGGAGCAGUACAUGUCCUUCCACAAGCUGCCGGCUGACAUGCGGCAGAAAAUCCACGAUUACUAUGAGCAUCGCUACCAGGGAAAGAUCUUCGAUGAGGACAGCAUCCUUAACGAGCUCAACGACCCACUCAAAGAGGUGAGACACAAAUAUCUCAUAGUAGUACUGACCCAGGAGGCCCGAGAGGAGGGCAGGUUGAUUGGACGCUCUUUGGUCAGGAAACGUGUGAUAUGUUCAAUUCAUCUGUUUCCCGCAGAGAUCUGCCUGUUGACGAAAGGUCGUCGUACAGCUAGCGUCCGUUCUGACACCUACUGCCGACUUUUCUCGCUGUCCGUGGACCAUUUCAACGAAGUCUUGGAGGAAUAUCCCAUGAUGCGCCGCGCUUUUGAAACCGUGGCUAUCGACCGCUUGGACCGCAUCGGAAAGAAGAACUCUCUCCUGCUCCAGAAAUUCCAGAAGGAUCUGAACGCUGGCGUCUUCAACACUCAGGAGAACGAGCUGCUGAAGCAGAUCAUCCGGCAGGACCGAGAGAUGGUGAUGAUGGUGGAUCGGAAGCAAUCGAUCACGGGGAUGAACUCCACGCCGAUGUCUGGAAACUCCAUCAUUAACUCUCCCGCCCAGCCACCGUUCAGUACAGCAACUGCCAUUCUUGGGAUCAACCAAUUACAGCAGCAGACCGCCCCACUAAGCUACAGCACCUCCGCUACUAUAACCCCGUCAGGCCGUGUGCCGCCCUCACAGGGCGUCACGUUUUCGGCACCGAGUGUUUCUCACGGCAACUUGAGCACCUCUUCCCCAAACCCCACUAUGCCCUUGCAGCAGCCAGCAGGGGCGAUUAUGUCUCCUUGUUCGUUCACCACAUCCAUUUGCAGUCCCCCAGUGCAAACCCCUAUGGCCAGCCGAACAUUCCAGUACGGAUCGCCGACGGCCUCCCAACUGUCCCUUGUACAGCAACCCUUACCCCAGCAGCCCUCGCCUGCCUCCAUACCACAACAACCGCCGCAACAACAGCCACAGCAAUCGCAAGCGGCGUCUCCUCAGAGGAGCGAUGUCCACAAAAGCGCACAGGCACUCCAGUCAGGUAGCCUGAGCAAGGACUUACGCCACCUCUCUGCCUCGCAGCCGUCAUUGCCCCAUGAAACCUCAUUGGCUGCCCGGGCACAUCCCAUAUCAGGCGAAUCACUCGCUUCCAUUCAGCCGCCCAUUGGAUCAGUGGCAGGCGUCCAGGCCCCAGGCUCCGUCCUGCAAAGCGGCAUCCGCACCAACGUUCCACAGAGGGUCGCCCUUUUCCGGCAGAUGUCAUCGGGCGCAUUACCACCGGUGCGCACGGCGCCCUCUAGCGCUCAGCACAGGGAUUCCACGGGCUCCAGGAGAGAGUCGGCAGUCUUAAGCAGUACAGAGACGGAACAAGACAAGAUGCGGUUCGCAUCGAAUUUAUGAUCCCAUUUUACUUUUUUUCCAUGUUCAUUUUUUUAAAAGAUAUUUUUACGGAGAGACUAAAAAAAUGGGGAAAAGACUUGUAUUUUUUUCCCUCCAACUUCCUCUGAGAAAAAAUAACAACCUCAUAGCUAUCCUGUACAGAAUUUCCUUAUACUAUAUUUUAGACACAUUUCCCCUUCAACAUAAGAAUGUAUAUUAUACAAACAUAUAUGUGCAAAUCCAACUAGAAUAUUUGGCAUUGACCAUGAGAAAAGAAAAAAAAACUCUAGUAUAAACACAAGUCUUCCUCUCUAACAUAUGUGACUAUAAUGUGUCUGAAGAUGUUCUUUUCUGUUGAUGUUUUCCUUACAGUUUGGAUUUUUCAUUAUUGUUUUUGUUAAUGGAAUGCUUUUGAAUGCGUUUUAUUUACCAUUUUUGUUCUCGACGAGGUGGUGACAAAACAAGUCCAGCAUUCAGCAGCUUUUGGCAUCACUGUGGAAAAUGUUUGCGCAAAUCGAACCUGGGAAUUACUGAAAUGUUUAAAAAGCACAUCUCAAACUUUUAGCAGCUGGAAAAAAUAUAUAUAUUAUCAGAAAAUGCUCAGAGCAUCAAAUCAAGGUGCAGUUUCGAUCUCUGCAAUACUUUGUGUUGUGCAGUAAUUGCGUUGUGUUUCAAGGCAGCAUUUGUGCAUUAAAGGGAAUGUAUUUUUUCUGUUUUUUUAUUUUAAUUUAGUUUAUUUUUACAAAGGAUGUGUAGUCAAAUUGGAUGGUUUUAUUUUCUGUUUAAAUCAGAUACAGAAAAUAAAACCAUCCAAUUUGACUACAAUGAUUUAAGAACGAGACGGACAUUAUGAAAUGUCACUUAACGACUGUACAUUUACAAUAUUUAUAAAACUAAAGAUUAUCACCAUUAUGCAAUAGACUGUGAUAUAAAGAUUACCUAUAUGUGUGUUGUACAUAGUUUUGUAGAACUAGUAUUUACAAAAGUAAUGUGUGGUGCAUUUCUCAAACAUGGCAAUGUCUUAUCUCUGUCAGCCACCUGGGUAAUGCCUAUAUAUGCGCAUAUAUAUAUAUAUGCACAUAUAUAUGUAUAUACACAAAUGGUAAUAACAUUCAUUAGAGAUAAGAAAACCUUAAUGCAAAUAAUAGCAUUACACAGUAGGUAGUACUAAAGACAAUAUCUGUAUUCAAAAAUAUCAUGCUGGUCAAAUAUAAAGGUAUAUGAGUGAUUACAGUGGCACGACACCACUGCAGUGGGGGGGGGGGGGGGGGGGAGGAGAUUAUGCAUCUUCAUCAUCAUCAUCAGUAAAGCUUAAUGCAUUUAGCCUACUUUACAUCAUCAUUUAUGUUUUACAAUCCCUAAAUGGAAAUCAAAUGAUUUGAUCAUUUCCUGCACUGAUGUAACACAAGGAAGCCAUUGGCUGUCUGCAUACAUCGAUAAAAGCUUUGUUAUAAUAGUUUCAUAUUAAUAGUGUUUUUCUCAUAGAUCAGUAUUAAUGGAUGUACGCACUACUCCAACUUCAUAAUAGUACAUAGACGUAGAUGUUCUCGUUAUGCUUUUUCUUUUAUUAUCGCAUUUAAAGACUGUGAAAAACAUUCAAACUUAACACAUGUAUGUAUU